UAAAAGAAUCGGAAGUGGCAGUGGUGUUGUAAACAGACAAGAAGCCUCCAUCUUUUUGUGCAUAGAUUCGUUUUAUUUCAGCAUAACAUCAUGGGGGCCGUUCUCGGACUGUGCUCCAUGGCGAGUUGGAUCCCCUGCCUGUGUGGCACUGCCCCCUGCCUGCUGUGCAAGUGUUGCCCCAGCGGUAAUAACUCCACAGUGACUCGGCUCAUCUAUGCCUUCUUCCUCCUGCUGGGUGUGGGCAUUGCUUGCAUCAUGCUCAUGCCAGGGAUGGAAGAACAACUCAAGAAGAUUCCAGGAUUCUGUGAUGGGGGAAUGGGUACAUCAAUCCCAGGCGUGGAGGGUCACGUGAACUGCGACGUCUUGGUUGGCUACAAGGCGGUGUACCGUGUCUGCUUUGGCAUGGCCAUGUUUUUCCUGCUCUUCUCCCUCAUCAUGAUAAAAGUCAAAAGCAGCCAGGAUCCCAGAGCUUCAGUACACAAUGGGUUUUGGUUCUUCAAAUUUGUUGCUGUGGCUGCCAUUACCAUCGGCGCAUUCUUUAUUCCAGAGGGGCCCUUCACAACUGUUUGGUUCUACAUAGGAAUGGCUGGAGCGUUUUGCUUCAUCCUGAUUCAGCUUGUCCUGUUGAUUGACUUUGCCCAUUCCUGGAAUGAGUCUUGGGUGGAGAAGAUGGAGGAGGGCAACUCUCGCUGUUGGUAUGCAGCUCUGCUGUCCGCUACAACCGUCAACUACAUCCUGUCCCUGGUGUCAGUGGUCAUGUUCUAUGUGUACUACACCCACACUGAUGGCUGCACUGAGAACAAGGCCUUCAUCAGCGUCAACAUGCUGCUCUGUGUCGGAGCCUCAGUGAUGUCCAUCUUGCCCAAAAUUCAGGAGUCCCAGCCAAGGUCUGGUUUACUGCAGUCUUCCAUUGUGACUUUGUACACCAUGUAUCUCACCUGGUCUGCCAUGACUAAUGAGCCAGACCGGAAAUGCAACCCAAGCUUGCUAGGUAUCAUCGGCUUCAAUAACACCACCCCAGCCAGCAAGGACCAUCCAGUUGUUCAGUGGUGGGACGCUCAGGGCAUUGUUGGGCUAGUCCUUUUCCUGAUAUGUGUUCUAUACUCCAGCAUACGCAACUCCUCCAACACCCAAGUGAAUAAACUGACUCUGACCAGUGAUGAGUCGGCCCUAAUUGAGGACGGCCCACACCCGGAGAACUUUGAUGUGGAAGACGGCGAGAACCGAGCAGUGGACAACGAGAAGGAUGGAGUUACCUACAGCUACUCUUUCUUCCACUUCAUGCUCUUCUUGGCAUCCCUCUACAUCAUGAUGACCCUCACCAACUGGUACAGCCCUGACUCCAAAUAUGAGACGAUGACCAGCAAGUGGCCCUCUGUGUGGGUGAAGAUCUCCUCCAGCUGGAUCUGCAUUGCUCUGUAUGUGUGGACCCUGGCAGCUCCACUGGUCUUGGUCAACCGAGACUUUGACUGAUCUAAAGAAUGGAGGCAGUCAUUUCUCCUGAUGGUCAUUGUGAAUAUUCAUCUCGUAAGGUGAACAAGGUCUCCACAAAAGUACUGUUUGUGCAUUCCCUGUGGAUAACCCACCCAUUUUGUCUGUAACAAAGUGCAUGCUAUAGUGUUGAGUACAUAGGCAUUUAAUAUAUGUAAUUUUAGCCUUUUUUAAAAUAAGAAUCAGGAUGGCUUUUGCUGAGUUUGGUUUGUAAAUGUUGCUGGGGGUUGGGGAUUCAUUCAGGAAGAACUGACUUGUUACAAAAUGGGUAAGACUGCUUUAAUGUUUGAGAAUAUUUCCUUUAAGUUUUGCAUAUAGUAAUGAAGUGCAGGCUUUCUGAUAGUAGCUAACAUUGCAGUAACCUUAGGUCCAUCUUCAUGUGAUGUUCCAGUGGAAUAUUAUAGAGGCCAUCAUGAGUCUUUGCUGUGCUUUUCUUUCCAAUUGCAUAAACCGUAGCUUUCCCUUUUGCAACUUGCACAUCUUGUGAAAUUAGUCAUUCAGUUGUUAUGAUUUGCACUAGUUUUUUAAAUGUAAAAAAAAAAAGAAAUACCGAUGUUCAAACAGUGGAUGUUAUUUUGUAGGUGCUUCAAUACUAGAAAUGUGUAUUGUGUUUCUAGCAGAAUAACAAGAUGCAAUGCAGAAACCCUCAAACCUCCACCCUAAUUUUGGAAUAGUUUUUGCCUGUUAUGUAUUUAGUGCAUUGUAACCAAUAUUUAAUAAACCUCACGUAAGGUA